GCAUCGCAUCUGUCCGUGACUUCAUCCACGAUAUCAAACCACGCAUCUUACAGUCAGACUCCAUCGUGCCCAUCACGGAUCCUUACGGCCCCAGCGUGGUGGAUCCAGACAUGAGGUGGAUUGUGGUCAGUGAGGAGACCAAGAAAGGUGGAGAUGCUGUCAAUAGGGUCAGACAGGAAAAGGGUCUGUGUGUACUAGACGUGCAUGAGAUAUCUCUAGUAGAGGACAUCAAUCAUGCUGCACAUGAAGAAGCUAAGAUAAGUUCCUCAACACAAAGGAUUGGACUCCUGGCAACACUGCUCAAGCAACCCAUGAAUAAAGAUCUACCUGGCACCCCAUACGUGAUUGGUCUGACCGGCGGCAUAGCCAGCGGGAAGUCUUCAGUAUGUAGACGGCUGGAGGGGCUCGGUGCUGCAGUGAUUGACUGUGAUAAGCUGGGCCACAAGGCCUACCUACCAGACACGCAGGGAUUCAGGAGAGUGCUGACUGAGUUGGGACAAGGUGGGUGCUGGAAAAAACUCCAAAGUAUUUUUCAACAAGAUAAGGCAAGCCUAGUAAAGCUGAGUGGACAAAAUUCACAGAGCGGAAAACAUAUUCUUUUCGUCGUUGGGUUGAAAAUGAGAUUUGAAGGAGAUUGA